UUUGAAUCGAAUUGCGGCGUGGAUGGACGGAAGUAUGGCGCUGCAAGAAGUCCCUCUCGUGUACGUGGACAACGAGGAUGCCACGAUCAGCCUUCUCACAUCAAAGUUCCAUCAAACCCCUCCAUACACACCUCCCCAACGCGUGGAGAAUUUGGCUGGUGGGAAGAUUGUCCGCCAGUCGUGCUUUGUCAGUUUCCGCGCGAUUGGGAAACAAGUACUCUUGUCCCAACAUGUCAUAGAUAGCAGCGUAAGUUCUGGCACAGCUGCGCCUUCGCCAUUUUCCACGUCCUUAGCAAUCCAACUUCCUGAGAGUGUGGCACGAAACGGCGUGAGCGUGUUUGAAUCUGCUGAUAAACAGUAUUUGUCUGUGUGCGUCGUGACGGCGGCAAAAACGGUCCAUCGAUUUUGCUAUAAGCUCGACCCGAUUCUCAACUUUGCUGAUGCCGCUCGCGACGAAGUCGCGUUUGCGAUGACUUCUCUAUCGUUUCAGACUUCCAUUUCGUCAGUGUGUUGGCUUGACGAAUGUAAUGUCGUCGUCGGUGGCGACAACGGCGCAGUCCUCGCCAUCAACGUUGGCCUUUCGAUCUUUGGUCACUCCGCGUCUUCGUUUCAUGAAGUCCCGCUAACUGACCAUUCGUUGCUCAACUGGGUAUGGCAAGGGCUUGGCCUUCAGUCGAACCAGAAACCUCCGCCGAUCGUUGCAAUCGCCGCCGUGCCAGAUGUCGACGAUGCUUCGACCUCCGAUACGCUUGUCGUGACCUUGUCGGCCGACUUGGUGCUUCGCGUGUGGUCGUACGAACAUCAGAGCUGCCUGUGCAACCAAUCCCUCGGGACCCUCUUGGAACUAGACACAGCGCAUCAAGCGACGCUCCACUUCAUUCCUUCCUCGUCCGACGUUCGACUACUCAUCCAUGUGACGUCGCUGCAACCGUCCAAAACAAAAGAAAUCGUGCUACUUCGGGGCACCUUGACGUCCAAGACGUUGGACCUGGACGUUGCGCGCCGCUAUGUCGUAGACGUCCCAGCCGCUGUGCGCUUGGUGGACUUCAUCGUAAUGACACCAGGGACGCAGCUCGUGUCCGUGUGGCGCAGCGCGACCGAAGACUUCGUGUACGUGUUUCCGAUUUCGUUGACUGGACCCAAAGUCAUCUUGGGCGAACGUGUCGGAGGGAUGGACACGUUCGCCCACCACCACGAGAUGCAAGACAAUCAACUCAACAACACCGACGACCUCACUGACAUCGACAACUUUUACCUCGAGCGACUGUUUGCCCCCACCCGGUACUCUGCAGACUGCAUUCGCCAAGCCAUCGGUGGGCCUUCUACGACCGUCACUGCGCUCCCAGAAACAGCCCUCCGCCGGCUCGUCCUCGAGGCUGUGCAUCGCGAGACCAGCGCCCAAUUGUUCAAGAGCAGCCGCCAUGAAAAAGAGUCGUCUGUACGAGCGUCGGUGUGGAUGCAGCUGCUCCAGAAGUGCACCAAGCUAUGGGUUGUCGAGAACAUUCCACUGGGUGUUGCAACAUCCUCGAUCGCUGGCUCGAGCGUCCUAUUGCGCCGCAACCACACGUCUAUUUUUUUUCCGUCCACGCACGCGAUCCUCACCAAUUCGUCGGCGGCGGCAGCGUCAAACUCACUGCACGACGAGCUGGCUGCCAUCCUCACGUCGUACUUUGCCUCGUUUUCGUACAGCGACGUCCAAGCAGCGGUCGCUCGGGAGUGGAACAUCGAUCUUCACGUGGACCUAACCAGUUCCUCGCUCCUGGAUACACUGCGCAGCGCACUUCAGCACGGUCUACUGCACCCCCCCAACAAAAUGAAGGACCAGGGGUCGUCCCUGCCAAAGCUGUUGGCCCGCAUCGCUCCAAUUUUGACUGGCGACGCCACAGCCCAAACGGCAAUCUUGACUACGUUGGUGGAUCAAUUGGCACUAUUUGACUCUGCAGCAUUCAACGCGGCCACCACCGGGGUGAGUAGCUCCAGCGCUGGGUCUUUGUCCACGGAUCUUGGCCUCGCGCUGCACCGAAUGGGGACCGUCGUGGUGAACGACAUGCUGACGGCGACCUUUUCCUCCUUGUGCUUUCUCACGUUCCUGGACGAUGCUCAGCCAUCUUUCGUCGCCCCGGCAACGCUUCAGCACAUCUCGGCGUCUCUGUUGCCGCGUGGUCUCGCACUCCUGCGAACGUGGGUAUUUUAUCAGUGGCUAUUUGGUCAACCCUCGUCUGGAACGCAAGCCAUGCUCGUUCAAGACUUUGCGAAGGACACAGAUGUCGACAUUGCCGUUCCAUCACUGGUGUCGGACAACUUGACGGCGGCGGUCCUGUCCCUGCUCUGGAAAGUCCGCGAUUUGCCUGCUCUCGCAUCAUACGUGCACUCGACCAAACAGCACGAUGUCCUCCGAAUCGUCGCGCGCUACGCAUUGCAGCGCCCACAGGAGAAUAUCACCGAAACAGAGGUCCGCACUGACAUGUACCUAGCACGCCUUUUGGGCGACGCCAUGGUGGCGGAAGCAGCCGUUGCAUCGGAGCACAACGAUGAAUCUGGCAUUACCCAUGCUUUGACCCGAUCCAUUCGCAGCUACAUGACUGUGCUGGAUUUGGAAGCGCAGCAGCUCAUCCACUCGCACACGACCGACGCGUCACUGGCUACUCAACUGUACGACAUCACGACCCACUUGAAAGAGAGCGUUCCACGCCAAUUCGCUGCCAAGUUUAUUUUGCAGUUCUUGCGAAUGGCGUUGGUACAUGUUGGUGGCAACCUUGCGGCGGCUGAGUUUGUAUGGUACAACGUGUUCAAACUGGCACUGACAGAGCAUUUGUACGAUGAAGCACACGUUGCCCUGCAGCAUAUCAUGCGCGGCGCAGACGCGUCGACUGUGGACGAUUGCGUGCGGCAUUUCGUGCUGCACCUGUGUGACGCUGGGCGCCUCGACAUCGUCGUCGGCUUUUCGUGGGGAGCGCUCGAAGCCAAGGUGGAGGACGUUUUGCAGUGGCAAGCAGCAAACACCCACGCAAACCUCACAAUCAAGCGUACCUCUCAAAGCGCAGUGUCGGUGCUCCGACUGUUGUACAGCUUCUUUGUCAAGCGCGGUCGAUUCACCGCGGCGUCAAAGGCCAUGCACGCGCUCUUUGUCCGUCUCGAGCCUGAAGCGAUCAACGCCGACGUCCUUCAAACACAGCGCGACGCGCUAUUUGCUGCGACGAAUGUGCUUACGUUGGUGCCUGAGCCCCAUCGGUGGUUUGUCACGCAAGAAUUGGCGUCCGAUGCUACCAUGAAGCCAGCCGACUUGCAAGUGGUCACAGUCGCCGACCUGCACCGGGAAUUGGUCGUUAUUCGCGGGAAGUUGCUCUUGUCCGACUCGGUGCCGAGCGUGACGUUGGCCGGCCAGAGUGGCAGCGAAGUGGUGUCCCUGCUCUUGAAACACCUCACGCCUGAAUCAAUGGCCAAGAGUGUUGCACUUGCUGUUGAGAUCGCACGUGUCCACGAUCUAGACGUAAAGGUUGUUGUCCGCGCCGUCGCCCGUGACUUUGCCUUCUCUCGCGGCUCGGAGGUGCAUCUCCAAAUGCUUCUUCGUCACGUCAGCUCGUCCGAAGCGUAUUUGGCGGCCAUCAGCACGCUUCUGCACUUGCAUGCGCCUCUGCCGCAAUGGCUCACGCGCGCGACAGUUGCUUCGGGUUCGUUGGCCGUUGUGGCCCUCCUUCGGCUGUAUUUGGAUUACGGUGUCCUCGAAGAAGCCGUCGCGUUGGCGAUCGAUCACUUGAUCCCCAACAACGUGUCUGAGAAGACUUUCAAAAUGGCUGCUGCAUCGGACAUAUCGCCGAAGUGGAUGCCGUACGACCUGCUGGACAGACUGCUUGACGCGUGUGAUGCCAUCAUUAACGAGGCGGAAGACGGCGUGGCGGUACUUCAGUGCAACUCCAGUCGCCUGAAGCACCAAUUGACGGAGUAUUUCAAGUACGUCAAGUCGGUUGACGCCGCCGCGACUAUCCGUCGGCAGCACGAGCUCUGCUCAGCACAAUCGAACCCGCUUGCGAGUUCUCCGCCUUGGUCGGCUCAUUAAAAUACCAUCAUAUUCAUACAGAUUGAUGUUGGGCA